AUGGAUCGCUGUGUCUCCUCGACCUUAACCUGCAACUUACUAAUAGUUGCUUCAAUAUUUAUUCUCAACGAUCACCUGGGGCCACAAUAUAGCUAUUUAUAUUAUAUCAAGGGUUGUUCCUUUCUUUCUUUCUUUCUUUCUUUCUUUCUUUCUUACCUGACGAUGACCUUUCUUUCUUUCUUUCUUUCUUUCUUUCUUUCUUUCUUUCUUUUUUUUAUAGUUUUCUUAUUUUUUCUCCUGUCUUUCUAUUAUAAAUACUUUUCUUUCUUUCUUUCUUUCUUUUUUUCUUUCUUUCUAGAGAUUGCGCCCUCUUUCUCUUUCGAUUUUCCUUCCUUCCUUCCUCUUUACUUGCAAUGUUUGCCUUUACUGUCAUCACCUCUUUCUAUUAUCAACCAGAAAAUUGAACUAUUUGUUGUGUUUUUCUUCUCACAAUUACUUCUUCUUCUUUCCUUCUUCUUCUUCUUCUUCUUCUUCUUCUUCUUCUACAUUUUGAGAAUUAUUCGCUUCUUCUUUCUUUCUUCUUCCUUAAUUCAUCUCUUCCGUCGCCGUCUUUAUUCUUUUUCUUCCUCUUGCCGUUUUAUUUUUAGUUUUAUUAAAUCUGUAUCAUAUUGCGUAUGUGUCUUCUUCUUCUUCUUCUUCUUCUUCUUCUUCUUCUUCUUCUUCUUCUUCUUCUUCUUCCUCUUCUUCUUCUUCUUCUUCUUCACUUUUUCCUUCUUUCUUUCUUUCUUUCUUUCUUUCUUUCUUUCUUUCUUCCUCUCCUUUUACUUUAGUUUUUCUUUUAUAUUUAUUUACUCUACACUUUAUUCCGUAGUUUUGUUGUUCUUUCUUUCUUUCUUUCUUUCUUUAUUUAUUUAUUUAUUUAUUUAUUUAUUUAUUUAUUUAUUUUUCUUCUUCUUCUUCAGUUUUUUUCUUUUAUAUUUAUUGAUUCUACACCUUCUUCCGUACAGUUUUUUCUGGCUUUCUUUUUUCUUCUUCUUCUUCUUCUUCUUUUUUUUUUUUUCUUCCCUUUUUUCUUCUUCUUCUUCUUCUUCUUCUUCUUCUUCUUCUUCUUCUUCUUCUUCUUCUUCUUUUAUAUUUAUUGAUUCUACACCUUAUUCCGUACAGUUUUUUCUGGCUUUUAUUUCUUCUUUUUCAUUUUUAUUCUCCUAUUUUCUUCUUCUUCUCCUCUCUCUUCUUCUUCUUCAGUUUUUUUCUUUUAUAUUUAUUGAUUCUACACCUUAUUCCGUACAAGCUUUCUCUCUUUCUUUCUUUCUUUCUUUCUUCUUUGUUAUUUUUUCACUCUUUUUCUUCUUCUUCUUUUUUCUUCUUCUUUCUGAUUUGUUGCACACCUUAUUGUGUUUUGUUGUUAUUGUUGCUGCUGCAACGCUUCUUCUUCUUCUUCUUCUUCUUCUUCUUCUUCUUCUUCUCUAUCCUAACUUUGCCUUUUCUUCUUUUUUCUUGAUUUCCCAUUUUCUUUUUUCUUCCUGGUUGAUUUUCUAUCUAUCUAUCUAUCUAUCUAUCUAUCUAUCUAUCUAUCUAUCUUCAUUUCUAGGUGACCCGCUGCAAUGA